GGCCCCCGCCCGGCCAUUGGCGGCGGCGGCGCCCGGGCAGGUGCCGGUGAGCGGCGGGGCCGCACCGCAGCAGCGGCUUCUCCCCGGAGUGGGGUCCUGUGCCCGGCGGUUCCUCAUACUCCCCUCCGGGGGUCCGCAGCCCCGCCCGACGUGGCUUUGUGCUCGUGUUGCCGGCCGCCUUCCAUCUUGCUGCAGCCCCCAGAUAUUCCUCAUAGUUGUUCACAUCCAUUGCACAGCAUAUAAUGGGGAGAAAACUGGAUCUUUCUGGCUUGACUGAUGAAGAAGCUGAGCAUGUACUGCAGGUGGUUCAGCGAGAUUUCAGCCUUCGUAAGAAAGAAGAAGAAAGGCUGAGUGAAAUGAAGCAGAAGUUGGAUGAAGAGGGUAACAAGUGCAAUAUCCUUUCCAAGCAGCAGAAGUUCAAUGAGCACUGCUGUAUUCGCUGCUGUUCCCCUUUCACCUUUCUUAUCAACAGCAAGCGACAGUGCCAAGACUGCAAGUACAACAUCUGCAAGAGCUGCAGCUCUUACCAGAAGAAGGAGAAGGCUUGGAUUUGCAGUGUCUGCCAGCAAGCAAGGUUCCUGAGGACCCAGUCUCUGGAUUGGUACUAUAAUAAUGUGAAGAGCCGUUUUAAGUGUUUUGGAAGUGCCAAAGUCCUGAAGAACUUAUACAAGAAGCAUAGACUGGAAAGCGGAGUUUGUCCUGAUGUAAUAGAAGGAGGUUUUUUUGAAGGGAGCUUUGAAAAUGAAGGAAGCAUUUGUGGCAGUGACUCUACAUUCUGCAGACAGACAGAAGGACACAGCAUGAUGGAUACCCUUGCUGUGGCCUUACGUGUUGCAGAGGAAGCAGUGGAAGAAGCUAUUUCUAAAGCAGAGACCUACAGUGACAGUCUGGACAAGCAGAACGAGGCUUGCUACUUGCAAAAACACAAGGAGGACCUCAUAGAAGAGCUGGCCACAACCAUCGUGCAGAAGAUUAUAAAGAAGCCAAAAAGCAAAACCGAGCCGGCUGAAGCUGACUUUGAAUGGCCACCAUCCAGGAGCAGUGGCCUGGCAUCCGUUGCUGUUUCAGAUCAGAGUAUGCUGACUUUUCCAGGGAGUCGCAGGGGAUCCUACACAUUAUGGAGGUCUCAGUCUGCAUUUUCCCUGGCUAGUGAAGAUAUGCCGAGUAAAGGACUAGACUCUGCAUCGUCUGUGUCUGAGGCUCUUUGGAGGCAGCAGAAAGGACAAUUCAGGAAACAGAAGGAACGCAAGCUCUCUGCAUUACCCAGCUGGAAAAGUGUGGACAGGCUAAAUGAAACAAAUCCUCCCCCUGUUUUACAAAGCACUGAUGGAAACUGGGUGGCUUUGCAGAAUGUUACUUUGCCUCGUCCUCGAAUGCUCGCCAAACCGAAGAGUCAAGUAUUUGAAGCUUUGGAGAAUGAAUCCAGUGUUGUGUCUGCAUAUGAUGAGAUGGGCUCAGACAGCGAGGAUGACUACAACUGGAAUGUGGCCUUGAACAAGCUGCGUCGAAGACCUCGGCAAUUACCAGAUGAUUUCUAUUAUACUAGUUCCCAGUAUGAUUCUGAGAGGGGGUAUGGUAAUGAUCAGUACCAGGCAGUAACCUCACCUUCCUCUGGGUUAUAUAUCAAUACUGAGACACUGUUCUCUGAUUCUGAAACAUCUUCAGUAAACUCUUCCCAGGAAGCUAAAGGAUCUAGCAAACUUCUCUGGUUACAAAGCAGAACUCAGAGUGAUGUGCCCAGAACGGAAAAAAAGCAUUUCCACAGAGAGCUGGAUGUAAAUUUCAAUCCGCAGGCAACCAGCUUGGAAUAUUCGGAUAGCAGCGAGACUGAAGAAGUCCAUUAUGAUUUACAAAAGAACUCAAGAAGGUGGAGGAAGAACAAAAUCUCUGAAGAGAUAUGUGAAGCAAAAAAACACACAAAAGCCAACAUGAAGAAUUUAAGUCAGGAUUUUGAUGAUUUAUCAGAAACAGAUAUAAGCAGUGAGGAUCAGCAUUGUAAUAUCAAGCCCGACCUUACGGAAGAGGAGCUUAAAUCCAGGUUAUUUCAGCUUGGAGCUAAAAUGAGUGACAAGGAAACAUCUUCUGGUGAAGAACAAGAGUCUGGACCUAGAACAGACCCUGAAAACCAAAAGGAGAGUUUGUCCUCAGAAGAAAAUGGCAAAAGUAUUCAGGAGGAGUUAAAGAAGAAGUACUCUGCUGUCUCUCUCUGCAACAUAUCUACAGAGGUCCUGAAAAUCAUCAACGCCACCGAGGAACUGAUUGCAGAAUCCACCAGUCCCUGUGAUUUCCCAGAUGAUGCUCAGGACAAGGGAAGAGGGACGUUCCCACUGGGGACAGACCCCAUCAGACUUGAUGAGCAGCUCACUACACUGGAAGAAAACGUGUACCUGACAGCUGUCACGGUGUAUGGGCUGGAGGGGCAGCUGACCGGCCUGGAGGACGCAGCACGCAAGAUCAACAGCAUUACAGCAGAGUCGGAGCUGGCCGAGCUGGAGGAUCAGGUGGCCACAGCAGCCGCCCAGGUUCAUCACGCGGAGCUUCAGAUUUCAGAUAUUGAGAGCAGAAUAUCAGCUCUCACUGUUGCAGGCUUGAAUGUGGCUCCAUGUGUUCGCCUGACAAGGAAACGGGAUCAAAAGCAAACAAACCAGAUGCAUACAAUAGACACAUCAAGACAGCAGAGGAGGAAACUUCCGGCUCCACCAGUAAAAGCAGGUGAAAAAAUAGAUGGUUCUCCAAUUACCACUGUCAGAACGUUUAAUAGAAACUUCAUGCUUCAAGGAUCUCUAACGCAAAGAACUAAAGAGAGGAAAAGCACUGCCAAGGACUUAAUGGAACCUGCUAUAGGAUCUGCUGUGAUGUACUAAACUUAUACUUCUCUACUGCCAAUAACACACUGCCUAAGGCUGUACACUAGAGUGCCUUUACUUAACAGCCAUUGUGUAUGUCCAGCUGAAAAUGGACCCUCAAGAACCCACAAUGCCUCAGUUAUAGGGCUUCGUUUGGAUACCUCACUGAGAAAGCUGUCCAAGUCUUCAGCAUUGUGGUCUGCUAAAGGAAACUCUGCCUUAAAGUUCUCACAACACUCUAGAAAGGAUGAUGAGUUUCAAAAGCAAGGCUCCACGUUUUAAGAUGCACUUUUUCUCCCCAUUGAUUGUACUAAAGUAUGUUGUCUUUAAACUACAGUAUGUUUUUGUACACUCAGUCAAUCAUAAUUACAGGCCAAUAUUUCAUUCAAAAAGAAUGAACAAAGCAGACCUGUGAUCCACAUUUUCUGGCCUCUUAAUGUUCAUGUAGGCAUCUGUCUUGUCAAGCAAUAAGAACAACUCUGUGCAGUGUAUGCUGCUUUUCAGCUACUUGGUGGGAGUGGAGAACCUGUGUACCUAGCUCUGCUCUCCAGGAGCCAGUGGAAGUUUUGACAAGGUUGGUAGGAGGAGAUGCGAUAUGCAGAGACUUCUCUGUUCCCUGAAAAUACAUUUGGCAGAGUUAAUGUUCUAGCUCCAGAGCUAGGUAUUUUGCAGUUGGUGGCAGGGGGGAAUGUGGAUGUCAUGCUGAGCCAUGAAUUGGUGGUAAGCAGCAGAUGUGGACCAGAUGUCUGUUGAGUUACAAUCCCAGCAUCUGGAUGCAUCUGAACACUGUUGUGAAACCAACACCUUUGUCUGUCUCAUUCUUCUUGGUAUCAUUGUCCCCUUGAUGGUGUCUAACCAUGCUGUAGUUGAGAAUAAAUUCUGACCAAAUCUUUAAGAUUGGAAAAAGAAAGUAAAAGCAUUGUGGAUGAGAUCUCUGCUGACUGGCUGAUGGCUGCAAGGUGGCUGCAAACUAUAAGAGAUUCCCUUUGGCCGCUUCCUUUUCUGAGGAGGGGACCAAUGUAGCCCAGAAGUCUUUUCCUUUACUAGUCUGUAGCCAUCGUGGAGUAGUUGGGGCCUGUCACUGGUGCCAUAUGCACCCCACUACCAUUGGACCACUCUGAAUCAGAUUGUGGACAGUGAAAUUUCUUCUUUCAUUUCCUGAAACCCUUAAAAGGGGAACCAAACCCUGGAAGGCCCUUGAUCAAAUGCCCAGGAGUGAAGAUGCCAUUUACAGAGUGUUCCUCUGGCCCUUUUGGGGGAGGGCCUUGCCAAUUUGUGGUACAUUUUCCUCUGGGGAAUACAAAGGAGGUAGUUAGAGGAGGUGAUUGUGAUAUUCUACAUCAAAUUCAGUGCAAGUACCCAAAUGCAUUCUGCACUGAUGUGAAAUCAUGCUAUGAAGGAGGGCAUGAGCUGGUAAGUUCCCUGUCAGCACUAAGGAAUCUUGGGCCAGAGAACACCUCUCUUCAGUGAGAUGUCUCUAUCUUUUGCUGGUACUAGCUAGGGGGCUCUGAGGUUGCACCUGGCUGACUUCAAGGCUUUUUUUUUUUUUUUAAAUUGCUGUUAAAGCAUACAGAAAGCUCAAGACAGAAAACACUGAAAAAAAAAUCAGACUGGUCUCAGUUUGUUCCAAAUUUUCAGUCCACUCAGAAGACAGUAACCUGAUUUUCAGAGCUGGCAAUGAGCUUUCUCAAGAGCAGCGGGUACCAGGAGAGGAGGAGAGCUGCUUCUUUCCCCAGGUUCCCAGCUAGCAGAGCACCCACACGUUACCUGCCAGCUGGCACGAACAUGGUCCCCUGGGACACUGGGCCAUGACAUGCUUUUGCUUGGGCAAGUAUGAGCAAAACUUGGCAAAUCUCCUGACUACAUUGGGGUUUGGGGGUCAGGUGGGGUUGAUAAAGGAUGGCCGGAUGGGAUGGUUGGGAAAACAGUUCCAGUUACAAACCUAUAUUUGAAGCCAAGUUUGUCAGCGUGCUGAUGUCCAGCUGUAGGUAAGGAACUGUCAGAAUAUAUACAGCCAUCUUCUCACCUAGAAGACACAAGUGUCACUCUAUCUCUUUGAUGAAUUUCCAUCUGCCGAAGGUCUGACUCAAUAUGUUUAUUCUGGGUGAAAUUAUGCCUUCUCUUACUCUCACACAAUACUAGUUCUCUGGAACUGGUUUGCACAGAUGUGAGGGUAGAAUUUGGCCCGCUCUGUUUAAUAUAUAAAUAUAUAUAUAAAAGAUAGAUUUUAUUUAUAUAUGCAGUCCAGUAAAGGAGAUUAAACAGAGUAGGAUGCUUAGGAAUUUUCUUUUAUUCAGUCUCCUCCUCCUCCCUUGACUGUUCUCAUGUAUGUAUACAAUACAUUCCCAGGUUCUGGUUUAUGCAGGUAUGCGUGUUAUGAAAUGUCAAUAAUGUGGUUGGUCUACAUAUUCGUCUAAUAAUAAUAACUAAUGUUGUGUAUGUAAUAUCAAUGCAGAAAUUACUAAUUUUAAUAGAAUAACUCUUUGGCUUUUGUUCUGUUAGUGUGAUUUAAAUAAGCCAACAAAUUUUGGAAUAGGUUGUUUUCCUUAAGAGGCAUGAAAAGCAACUAUUAUCAUGUUACAAUGUUAAAAUAUUCAGUCUUCUUUGACAGAAAAAUGUGUACUGUGUAGGCAUUGCAAAAAGAAAAAAGAAAAAAAAUCCUACCUGCUAUAAGGCAUUUGAAUUUUUACAAAUGUUUAUUGUGCCAAAUAUGUGCAAAGUUAUAAUUUACUGUUUAAAAAAAUCAUAAAAACAUAUGUUAUAGCACACAAAGUAUUUUUUUGUCAUCAAGUGAUUUCAAUCUUUAGUGUUAAUAUUUAUAUUUAGAUUAAUUUUUAUAAAUGAAAAUAUUUUAACAGGUAAAAUGAAGACUAUAUGAUCUAUUUGAUUAAGUCUGAGUAAAUAUUAAGCUUGCCUUGUUGUUGUUAUCAGCAUACUCACCAAGAAUUAUUGUCAAGAAAAUUAUAAAAGAGGAAAAGCAAUUUAUGAAAAUAAUGCCUUUUUCAAGGACUUAAUUCAUAAAGAAAACACAGGCAUUCUCCUCUGUGGUGUGGAUUUAUGUGCCCUUCCAGUCAGGAAACAUGCUGACCAUGCUGCUGCACGCAGCUCUUCAGGUACUGCCACAUCACAAACCACCCAUUCUCUGUUAAACACAGGAGAUGGGCUACUCCAGAGUCACCUUGUUCAGUUGAGAGGAGGAAUAAGCAUUAACACACUUAGUUCAGGUUGUUUUUGGCUGGGUUGGGGCAAGAGGGAUCCUGCUAAGAAUAUUUGAUGGUGUCUUCUCCAAACCGUCAUGCCUGUGCAGUGAAAUACGAUCUCAAGCAAACAGAAUUUCUGUAACUCUCACUGGGAUUGCUACCAAAGGAUAAACUGAGCAACAGCCCUGCCAAUAAUCUUAGUCUGGUAUUUUCAGAGCCUCAUAAGACAAAUGAUAAUCAAUAUAUAUUUUUUUAUCAGCUUAGUUUCUACACCAUGAGGGUGUUCAUUUAAACUAAUGUUUUUUAAGUAAGUAACACUUUGGGUAAGCAGAUAUGUUGUAUUAUAAAUAGCAAUAACUACCUUAGUAUAUAAAAAUCCACUCCUUGUUGACAGACCACUCACAAACAGAAAAAAAGGAUUGAAUUAUCUGUUAUAAUUAAUUCAACCACUAGCAAAUUUUAGUAGUAGUUGUAGCAAAGCACAACUAGAAAUGCAAGUUCAUUCUAAUUUGCAAUUUGCAUUAUGAUUCAUGGCCUGGAUUUAACCAUCAUUCAUUAGCUAAAUUGUAAGCUAUCUUUUUUGGAUAUACGCCAUAGAUUAAACUGCAUUUGAAUAUUCUUGCUGGUAGUAGUAAUCAAUCGAGAUUAAACAUAUUGCAAAUAACACUUCUUAUAAAAUGAGUAUAACAAAGUUAAUUACUGUGGCAAAUAUGACUGUUAAACCACAACCCAAGGCUUAUUGAUGUGGACUAAUGUGGUAGUUUGUACAUUGCUUGUGAUCCUCAAAGAGUGGCUUCAGCUUGAUCAGAUAGUAUACUUAAAAACAGUAACAUUGUUUUAAAGGGUAUCAGAUAGUUUAGGCCCUUAACCAUUUUGGUACACGAUAAUACACCAUGAUAAUGGUACGCGAUUACACGCGGUAAGCACAAAACGACACUGAAGAGUUUAAUUAGCCAAUUUUUUCCUCAUUUUCUGACCUUCAGCAGGGCGAAAAUACUUAUCUUUGACAGAAGCUCCUUUUUGUUCAUUAAUGUAUCUCUCCAGAAGCAUAGGAAGAAUCAUAAAAGGCCAAUGGGUUGCUUAGGGC